AUGAUUGCACCCUGCGUUGUCUUGUUUUCUAUCUUGGCCAUCAGCCAAGCAGGUGAGUGCUGCUGAUCUUUUUAAAAUUAAGUCUGUGCUAGCUACAAAAAAAUCCAGCGCUGUGCUGAGCUGGGAUGGGGGGGCACUUACCUUCGGUGCAAAUCCUACUGGCUUCCUAGGGUUGCGCAUUGAUAUCUCAUUUUGUCCUUUUCCUGGCGCUCUUCGGCUUUUUAAGAAUGGUACACUUACCAUUCAGAGCACCGAUGCUGUUUUGUUGCAAUAUAUGCAGGCUUGAACUUUGAAGGAGCCUGGGAAUGUUUAAGUAACCCUGAAAUGAGAGGUUAACUUGUAAAAGUGCUGACAGUCCCCCAAAAAGUAUUUUUUUGGGUCAGGUUAGGUUAAGGAAAAAAUGUCAUGUAGGGUCUUAGUCAGGGACUAUAGAUAAAAGUAUUUAGAGGACUCCUUUUGGACUGUAAGAACAUGAGUGGUUUUAUUCUUGUAUCUAUGAAUGUAUUUUAACUGAAUAUAAUUAUUUCUGGCUUUGUCUCCUCGGCACCUAUGUUGUCUGAAUCAGGGUUAAUUUCCUUUAACAAAAGGCAAAUGUAGAGGAAAAAACCAGUAUCUCCUGGUGCUUUUCCUCCUGCCUUCUGUGCACUCAUUCUGAAAAGAUUAAUGAAGCAGUAACUAAACAUUAUGCCCAUUCAUACCCUUUCUUCUUCUUUGGCCAGGAAAAGUUAUGUAAGGGAGGGCAAGGAGCUGAAAGCAUCAAAAGUGCUUGAUGCUGGUGCUAAGGGCAGCCUUUUUCUGUACGUCAUUUGCCUAGCCUGUAAAAUGGGGAGAGGCACCGUAACUUCUGUUUUCAAACUAGUGUAUGCCUUUUCUUUUUUACAUUCUUUUAUUUAUGUGUGGAUAAACCAUGCUGCAGAGUCAAAUGUAUGUAAACGGUUACCAGUGAUUUUCGGAAGUGCAUCUCGCUAAGGAUCUUCUUAGGAGACUGUCAGAAACUUUUAGAACCGCUGGGGGGGGGGGGGCAUGGUGGCAUAGAGGAAGGAUUAGACAUCAGCGCCGGUAGUACUCUGAGGCUUUAUUAGAAGCUGCUGGCAUCAUUAUGUUCACUGGAAAGUGAACUUAAGUUUCUUAGAGCACAAACCUAUAAAUGUCUAAUCAGAGGAGGAAGCCUAAUUGGAGCUUGUUCUCAGAUAUAGGGGUUGUAGCCUUAGAUACACAAUAUAAUGUCCUAGAUGAAUGCUUUAUUACAUUUCAGGGAUGCGUGUUAUAUUUGCCUGCCUUUGUUCCUGCCGGUGGUACUAAUUUCUACUAACAUGAUCUAGUAAAAGUUGUACAUGUUUCAUAAGAAAGACUAUUGCCCAAGAAUUUAAGUAUCACGACCAGUGAAAUCCAUUCUUUGGGGUUUGUAUGGAGUAGGCAAUCGCCUUCUCUUCCAUCUUUGCCCAGAGCGGACUCCCCAUCAAUUUCGAGAAGAGUUUUUUUCCAGCUGAAAGUUCCUAUGAAAUGACACUUCGGUGUUAGUGUGUCUGCAGAAGCAGCAGCUACGGCAGAAAUCAUUUCUCCAGCAACAAUACAGGGGUGCUAGUGAUGAUUCUGUAGGCAGCUGCAUUUAGAACUAUUUUCCAAAAUUGGGGUCUUUUCCACCCAAGAAAGUUAGAUCAGCCUCCUGCUUGCCUCUUCAUGCUCCCAACAGCUAUACCAUAACCUCAUGUGCGUGAUGCACUAACAAACAAGAAAGGCUGGAUGCAUUCUGUGGGCAAAUAUAAUAUGAUGGUAUCAAGUGGCAGUUGGUCUCUAGGGAACUAAUCAAUUAGCACUGGUCCAAGGGCCUUUAUAAGAUUCUAGAUCUUGCUUUGACAGCACACCUCUUGAUUCCCUUCCAGUUAAUCCUUGCUGCUCAAAUCCAUGCCAAAACAGAGGAGUAUGCAUGACAGCAGGAUUUGACCGCUAUGAAUGUGACUGUACACGGACUGGUUAUUACGGGGAAAACUGCACUACACGUACGUAUUCCAGAAAGUUACGCUUGCACAAUUAGCAUUUCGGAGCAUUUAACAGUUUUUGCUAAUGUUCGUUGCCCUUCGUUCCUUGCAGCGGAAUUUUUUACUUGGCUGAAAGUGACGCUGAAACCCACACCGUCCACAGUCCACUACCUUCUCACUCAUUUCAAAGCAGUCUGGGAUGUAAUCAACAACUUCCCUUUCCUCCACAAUGCCAUCAUGAGAUACGUAUUGAUGUGUAAGUAUCCAUCUCUCUUAAUGCUACUUUUACAGCACAGUCCCGUACGCGUCUACUCAGAAGUAAGUCUCGUUGAGUUCAUUGGAACUUGCUCUCGGGUAAAUGAGCAUUGGACUGGAGGCUUAAGCUGGAGGGUAGGUAUUUACCCAAGCACUUUGAAGUGUUAUAUGUUGGUUGCAAUUUAUUUUGAUCUAAUGCAGUAACCACUGCCUUAGCCACUCUAGCCACUCAGCCUUCUAAUAAAUGGCAUUAGGCAAAGCAAUGGCUAAGUCAAGCUCCUUCUUUGGGUGCCAUCUGCCUCUUUUUGAAGAUAAGAGCAAAAGUUCAAACGUUUCUUCAAAGUCCAUGUAUGGUACACACUGAAAAUAGGUUUAGCGGUAAUUUCCUCUCUAUGGGUUACUGUAGUUCUGUGACAGGGGUGGGGAACCUCUGUCAAAGAGUUUUGAGCACCCUUGCCAAACUCCAGUUCUUGGGAAUCUGAGAGAAACCAUUAAUGGACAUUUUAAGUGUAAGAAUCUUUCCGCGUAGUUGUGACCCAAGAGACAAAAAUGCGGAGAGAGUAAAAUUGAAAAUGGAUUUUUACAUUCCACGUCACUUCUGAAAAUGGACUUUUCAAGGUCAGAUGCUUACCCCCCAUGGGGCUUAGACUGUGAAAUUAGACUGUGUGGGAAGUCUUGUUGGGAAGGUUCUCUGUCUCCAUAGUGUGGUCAUUUAAGCAUGGUCAUAAUUUUUCUGGUUCUUUCUCUCCCCUUCCAGCAAGAUCCCAUUUAAUAGAGAGCCCACCAACAUAUAACAGCCAUUAUGGUUACAAAAGCUGGGAAGCCUAUUCGAACCUUUCUUACUAUACUAGAACUCUUCCGCCGGUAGACCACAACUGCCCAACUCCUAUGGGUGUGAAAGGUAAGAAGGGGGAAAAAAUCUGUGCAUGUGAAUGUAAGACAAAAUGAAAUAUUAUUCCUCCUGUAUGUACACAAGGCCAGUGGGGGCAACCCUGACCUCCUUUCUCAAUGCAAUAGUUAAUUAUGUUCAGUGAAUGCCUGAAAACGGCUUAAACAUUAGAAAAUGUGUCAGAAGGAGAAGCACAAGAUAUUGCGUGUGCGUUGCAGCACAUAUUUUCCCAGCGAAAUGUUCUGUCUUCCUUUGUCAAAGGAACAGAAAACUUGCUGUGGUUGUUAAUCAGCCAACAAAUUGUGUGUAUAUUGGCAACCAAAUGAAUAACUAACAGGUUUAAACCAAGACAACUACCGGUAUAUUUAAUAUGAUAAUUAACAAUUGGACAGGUUUCCAAACUGCAAAGAAGCUAUCAACAUGCAUUAAGCUGGGGUUUGACAUUUUUAAUUCUUCCUGUUAAACUCCUGUAGAACAGACAGGAAACAGCUGCAGUUAUUCAGUCUCUAGUGCAUGGGUAGGCAAACUAAGGCCCGGGGGCUGGAUCCGGCCCAAUCGGCUUCUCAAUCCGGCUCGUGGACAGUCUGAGAAUCAGCAUGUCUUUACAUGAGUCGAAUGUGUCCUUUUAUUUAAAAUGCAUCUCUGGGUUAUUUGUGGGGCCUGCCUGGUGUUUUUAAAUGAGUAGAAUGUGUGCUUUUAUUUAAAAUGCAUCUCUGGGUUAUUUGUGGGGCACAGGAAUUCGUUCACAAAGUCUGAGGGACAGUGGACCAGCCCCCUGCUGAAAAUGCUGACCCCUGCUCUAGUCCCUUUGGGUGUCAGAAAAAUAAAUGAUUGCUUUGCAUUGCAGGUAAGAAGGAGCUUCCCGAUUCCAAGCUCAUUGUAGAGAAAUUUCUACUGCGGAGAAAAUUUAUUCCGGACCCACAAGGCACAAAUAUCAUGUUCACAUUCUUUGCCCAGCAUUUCACCCACCAGUUCUUCAAGACAGAUCAUCACAAAGGACCAGCCUUCACCAAAGCUCUUGGACACGGGGUAAGAUGGCAGAACUGUGACUUGGACUGAUGAGUUAUUGCAAACAAACCUUUUUAUCAACUCCUGCGGUGAGAGGGAUAUCUUGCCAUCCACAAAGGAGUUGCAUCAAUAUUGUGAUAGGCACAAUGUACAGCAAAUCUCUCUUGCAUAACCUCAGAAUAGCCUGUUCCCACAAUCUGAUGUGCCCACUGUGUGGGAGAACCAUUUGACUUUAUUUGGUCAGUCUCUAAAAUGCAUAGCAAUUAGGUUCUCCUCAAUUUAUGGAAAAAUAACUAUUGCAUCCCUGAAUUUGGGGUGAAAAAUGCAGUCGGUCUGUGUGUUUAUAAACCGGUUUUGUCUGCAACACAACUUUCUAAGUUAACACUUUAAGCAAGGGUGGUGGUGAUUUAUGCUGUUGUAAUAGUGGUUGUUUACAAGGGCUCCUGCUUUUUGAAGUUGUCAUUGAGGACAGCGCAAAAACUUGAAAGAGCUGCGCUUCCCAAAUUUUAUCCGUAAUGACAUUUGAGAAAUAACAUUGUUUUCCAACACUUUUAAUGAGUGGAGAGAACUCUUGCUUCCAUUGGAACGUCACUGCAACAUAUUAUGUUCUGAAACAUUUAGAGGGAGAAUCUAAUUGUUUUUCUGUCUUAUCUGAGAAAUUAAAAUUAGACUUUGAUGUUCCUAUUUUUUCAACAGGUUGAUCUAAAUCACAUCUAUGGAGAAACUUUGGACAGGCAGAUGAAACUCAGACUGUUUAAGGACGGGAAGCUGAAAUUUCAGGUUAGUUUGGAUUCCUUCUGAAAUCCAGAAUUUCAGAAUUCUGUGUGCUGAGAAAACGAGAGCAUCACUUAUGUUAACAUCUUUACCAGGAAGAGAGGCGCUUCCAUGUUUCCUCUGAUGCACAGAAGGUCCACAGGCAUUUCAAUAACUGCAUGAGACACCCUAUUCUUACUAGAUAACUAUGUGCAUCUAGAUCAAUGCUACAAUUUACAACAAACCUCUGUACUUGAAACCCACUGGAAAUUGACAAGUAUAAACAUAUUAUAUUUUCACUGGAUUUUAGUAUUCUUGGCUGAAAUUCAGUAUGAUAGAAGAUUCUCUAUGCUGCCAUGCUCAUUUAUUUAUUUUUUUAAUUACAGAUGAUCGAUGGAGAGAUGUACCCACCCACGGUCAAAGAAACUGAGGCAGAAAUGAUCUACCCACCACAUGUUCCUGAGCACCUGAAAUUUUCUGUAGGGCAAGAGGUCUUUGGUUUGGUUCCAGGGCUGAUGAUGUACGCCACGUUAUGGCUCCGGGAACACAACCGGGUCUGUGAUAUUCUGAAGGGCGAGCAUCCAGAAUGGGAUGAUGAGCAGCUGUUCCAAACUGCCCGCCUGAUCUUAACAGGUAAUUCUUACAAAUGUUCACUGUUAACACACUAUUACUCAAUGAAAUUUUGCUGCUGCUAGAUGUGGCAAUGGCCAUCACCUAAGAUGGCUUUAAAUGGGUUGAGACAAAUUUGCGGCCCAACAGCAUCUGUUGCCUAUGUUGUCUAAGCAGAACAUCCAUGUAUAGAGGCAAUAGGUUGUAUGAAUACUGAAUAGGAACCUGAAAGAAUGGCUUAUUACCCUUUUGCUUUGAUUCUGAGUUUCCUCGGGACAUUUUGUUGGCCGCCGUUGGAAAUGUGUUGCCAGUCAAAAUGCAUUUUUGGUCUGAAUCAGGAAGGUCGUUCUUGUAUUCUUCAGCAUUCAAUAUUGUUUAGGAAAUAUAAGGGAACAGGAGGUGCUGUGGUCUAAACCACUGAGCUUCUUGGGCUUGUUGAUCGGGAGGUCGGCGGUUUGAAUCUGCGCAGCAGGGUGAGCUCCCGUUGCUCUGUCCCAGCUCCUGCCAACCUAGCAAUUUGAAAGCAUACCAGUGCAAGGAGAUAAAUAGGUACCGCUGCGGCAGGGAGGCAAAUGGCAUUUCUGUGCGCUCUGGUUUUCAUCACAGUUUCCCCUUUGUGCCAGAAGCUGUUUAGUCCUGCUGGCCACAUGACCCGGAAAGCUGUUUGUAGACAAAUGCCAGCUCCCUCGGCCUGAAGAGAGAUGAGGGCCGCAACCCAUAAUCGCCUUUGACUGGACUUAACCGUCCAGGAAUCCUUUACCCUUUUAUUGUUUUGGAAAUGAAAAUACUGACUGACUUUUGUUUUCUGUGGGGGAAACAGGAGAGACCAUCAAGAUUGUGAUUGAAGACUACGUGCAGCACCUCAGUGGCUACCACUUCAAGUUGAAGUUUGACCCAGAGCUGCUCUUCAACCAGAGAUUCCAGUAUCAGAACAGAAUAGCGGCAGAAUUCAACACCCUUUACCACUGGCACCCUCUCCUCCCUGAUACCUUCCAGAUUCAUGACCAAGAGUACACAUACCAGCAGUUCAUCUAUAACAACUCCAUCAUGUUAGAACAUGGUCUUUCCCACAUGGUGGAAUCCUUCUCCAGGCAAAGGGCUGGAAGGGUAAGAAUUUAUUUUCUACUAAGAAAUUUCAUAGCCUUCCUCUCAAGGCAACAGGGUACAUCUGUCCACCUGUUAAAUCACUCCAGUAUCUGAUAAUGUUUUCAGCACGGUAAGAAUGAUUAGGGAAAGGGGGAAUUUGUGGCACAGUUUUAGACUGCCUUCAGCUUUCUCUGUCGUAUUUCAGACAGAGGAGUGAAUAGCAUGAGCAAGUUUCUCACUGUAAAUCCAAGAGAUGAAUAAAUGUUUGAGGUCCAUCUGAUUUCAAAGGGGCUUGAAGUUCUGAUCUCCGUGUGGUUUCUCAUAUUACUCCAUUUCUUUGAUAACAGGUAGCUGGUGGGCGGAACGUCCCUGCUGCGGUGCAGAAAGUAGCGAAAGCCUCCAUUGAUCAAAGCCGACAGAUGAGAUACCGCUCCUUGAAUGAGUAUCGGAAGCACUUUAUGCUGAAACCUUUUCAGUCAUUUGAAGAGCUCACAGGUAAGACCUUGUCCUCUACUUAUAGAAAAACAAGAGAUUCAUUUUUGGGGGCAAGGCUGCGCAACUUAGAGAUCAAACUUCUGCUUUGCAUGGGGAUGUUUGGGGUCCAAUUCUUGGCAUCUCCAAUUAAGGGAAAGCAAUUAGCAGGUCCAGGAUUGUGUAGGCAGCUAAAGGCUAGAUGCUCCAAUGGGCUGGGUUAGACUAGGUCAUAGUUCAGUUCUAUGCUGCCUCUCAUCCCAAAAGCCCUCAAGUUGGUGCUCAAAUGUUCAAAUCCAAAUCAAGAUUCAAGCAAUAUAACCAAUAAAUGAAUUUCUCAGUAUAUCAAGAACUUGUUGUUUGAAAAAAAAGUGUUGAGUUCUUGUAGAAAAGCUCUGUUGUCUUUCAUUGGAGAUUGGGUGGUUGCAGCUCCUCUGACAGGAUUCCUCACUGUCUUUUCAAUCUGCAAUGAGAGAUGUUCAAAAGGAGAACUACGUUCUAAGGAUGAAAAGGAAGAAAAUAGACUCUUAUGGGGGGAGCUUCUAUGUUGGUUUUCAUGAAGAAAAUUCUGUGUCAAUCAAAGACCUUGAGAAGAUAUCUUACAGAGUUGUUAUUUCACUCAUUCUUCUCCAAGUGCAUUGAUUUUUUUCCCCUGCUGAUGCAACUUUUCCUCUAGAAUUACAGACUUGUAUUUCUCUCUCUUUGUCUCUAUUAUUUUCUUCUGUAUUACUUUCAUGGCAGCCUUUGCAACAGCUAGAAUCCUCUCCCUGUCCUCCUGUAUAAGGCAAUUCCCAUGCUCCUUUUCAGAAUCUUCUAGAAUAAUUACUUAGUGAUUUAGAACUGAAUACAAAACUGGGGAGAAAAGGGCUGAAGUUUUACUACUAUGUGGGGUUUUUUUUUGGUCUCCCUAUUCCAGGAGAAAAAGAAAUGGCUGCAGAACUUGAAGAACUCUAUGGGGAUAUUGAUGCUAUGGAGCUGUACCCAGCCCUCCUUGUCGAAAAACCACGUCCUGGAGCCAUCUUUGGUGAGACCAUGAUAGAACUUGGGGCACCGUUCUCCCUGAAAGGUCUCAUGGGAAACGCUAUUUGUUCACCAGAGUACUGGAAGCCCAGCACCUUUGGGGGCAAAGUUGGCUUUGACAUAGUGAACACAGCUUCCAUCCAAAACCUUAUCUGCAACAAUGUGGAAGGAUGUCCUCUCGUGGCUUUCCACGUCAUAAACCCCGCAACAGCAGCAACGAAUAACGUCAGCACCUCCAGCACAGCAAGAGACGAGAUCGGCCGAGCUGUGCUACUAAAAGAGCGCUCUGCUGAACUAUAG